AUGUUCUUGACGACCUCUCUCCCAUUUCUCCCACCUCCUUCGGCGUCACUCCUCCCACCCCUCACUAAUGCAUCAUCUGAUCUGUCGGCCUUCAACCAACACUCAGCUGCUCACCAACAAACAUCUCGUCGGCAGAAGGCGCACGCUACAGCUUUGCAGCGUAACAACACGCUCGCCAUCCUCAGCGCUGAUGAGAGAACAAUCGCCCAGCGCAAGAUGGCGAUAGCCAUGUACGGCUACAGCUGGCUGAAGCCUGCAGGGUGUGCCAAGACCAUGCUGGGUAGACGCGAAGAGGAACUCGAGCGGGAGGAGGUCGAAAGGCAACUGAGAGAGGUCGAACUGCAAGAGAGAAUGCAGCAGGAAGCGGAUGAACAGGAUCGUCUGGCGCAACUCGGGGAGACUGGGGAGCCCGGCGAAGGGCGGGAUCUUGAUGAAGACAUUCCGGACGCCGAUGCCGAUGAACAAGGCGACGAAGAUGAUGGUGAAGAACUGUCCGAUGAGUUCGAGGAUGUCGACGAGGAAGAUGGCAUGGAGGGAGAUCUCGACGAUGAGAUUCCUGAUGCCGACGCCGACGACGGGGUGGAAGAAGACGAAGACGAUGAUGAAAUUAUGUCUCCAGAAGCGGAAACCACCAACGCAGACUGGGUCUACGAUACACGCCGAGAACCAGACACUGACGAGGAUGAGGCUGCUGCGCUAUCACCGGUCCAUGCUGCCGCCCGAGUCAGGAUGCACGCAUCUGCAAGCGUGGCCGGCGUUUACAUCGCCAAUCGGGGAAGUGAUCGGUACGACAACUACGAUGAGCGCGACGCAGAAGAUCUGGCCGACGCGAUGCUCGACGAGGACGAGAUCUUUGAGGACAGGCGCGGCACGGAACCUGGAGAGCGAGAUCUAGACGACGACAUUCCCGAGGCCGAAUCAGAACAGGCUUGGGAACAUACCGAUACGGAAUUGGACGAAAGUGAAAUGGAUAUCUCCAUCCUCCCGGGCACUCAGAUACAGCCAGCGCACCAGCGUUCAAGCCUGCUGGGACCGUCACGCCGAAUUAGCUCUGGUAGACAGUCAACUUACCCUAGCGGCUCCAGGCGAGUUUCACAACGAAGAAGCUCCGGACCCUGGAUCAUCGGCCCUUCUGUGGGUCAGAGUCCUCAUCCUCACGGGCAUCAAGAGGUCCCCGACUCGGCCCAUCACGGCUAUACCUACAAUCGACCCACGCCUGCCGCUGCGUAUGUGGACACAGAGGGCCCGGCAAGAGUCAUUUCUGGAAACCGCGCCCAUGCUCAUGCUCACGCUCACGCCCAGGCUCAGCAGCAACACCAAUACAUCCAGACGCCAGCAAUGCUCGACAGCCCGCUCGAAGUCGACGCCGAACUGGACCGGGAUCUAGACGACGCCUUCAUCUCCACCGGUGCAAGAGGGAUCGGCGGUCGAGCCACUACGAGCAGAGGCGUCCCCGUGGCUGCGGGAUCGGACUCGCUAUCAAGCAGAGCAGGCGCAGCAGGUUUGCACGGGAAUGAAAAUCCUUCCCGCGCAACAGCUGCGCGAAACUGGCUCGACGGCGCGGCCGCUGCGGUCGGCGGGAGCGCGAGGCGGACACUGUUCGGGCGGGCCGUGCGCCGAGGCAAUGCUGUGAUUGCGAGCGCGCCCGUGAAUGCCGCCGAUAUUGAAACCACGACUACUUCUACUGGCAUAUCGAGCGGUGGGCUUUUCACUCCAUCGCCAGCUGUGGGACAAGCUGAAGGGACGGUAGCACAGGACUGGGAAACGCCGCUUAAUCGCCAGGCGAGCCAGGAGGGUGCUGCUAGUCAAGGACAGGGCCAGAGGGAGACGCGCAGCCGGAGUGGACGAUUGUUGGGUGGAAGGACGAGAAGGGAGCGGUAG